CACUUUCAUACACAAAGAAAGGCAUGGCAUCAUUCGCAGCGCACGUGGCCGCCACUUCUCUAACCUUCCUCAAGAUAUUCUCCGGGCAAGAGGAGCGGCUGGCGGCGGCGGCGGCGGCGGCCGUCUUCGACGAGAGCUCGGAGGCCGAGCAGUACUGUUCCAUAUGCCUAAACGACGUGCGCGGCGGCGACGGCUACCGGAAGCUGGCGGAGUGCGGCCACGGCUUCCACGCGAGGUGCAUUGAUGUGUGGCUGCGAUCACACUCGACGUGCCCUCUCUGCAGAGCUCAGCUCCCUCAAAUUAUCUCACUCAAUCAGAAUCAAUGCGAGUGGAAUGAUCUCGUGUCCGCGUUUUUGGCGGUGAUUAACGAUUUUCUGCACAGAAUGUGCAAUCCUCCUCUUAAUGAUGAGCUCUCCUCCAUGCUCUGCGCCGCCGCCAUUUAAUUCUUGGAUCAUUUUGAUUUGUUUCUUGUUUUUCUUUUGAAUUCUUUGUAUUUAAUUACAUUUUGGUGAUUAAUGGAUUUAUUGUAUACAUACAUUUGAGCUGUUCAUCUUUGGAUAAUCCAUCUCCAACUAUCCAUGCC